CCAAUACUUUCACUAAUGUCCUCCCACACACAUACGCCCAUGCACAAACACCAAGGGGUUGUGAGCGCAACAAGAUGAAAAGUGUCUCUCUCUAUUUAAGGAAUACACAUCUCUAUAUCCUGUGGACUUCUAUUUAGGAAAACUUUAAACGGUAUUACAAAUAUCGACGGCGAGUUUAAGCGCAACACCAUGGGGAAAGUGAACGUCUAUUUGAAGAGAAGCUUCAUGAUAGUACUAAGUUUGAUCGCGGUUUGCAGUGUCUUUAUGUUGGGAUUCACUCUAUUCAUCCAUGGAUACCACUACCAAAAUGAAGAGAUGGAAGAGUCGAACCUUUCAGGUCUUCAUUCCAUGUAUAUUAUUUCCGCCAUAACUCUGGCCUUGGCCCUCAUUGGUGUGUAUGGUGCAUACAAAGAGAAGAAGUGGGCGCUUAUAGUGUUUGCAGUUGGAAUGAUCCUGGGCAGUCUGUUCAUGAUUUUCUUAGAAGUUGUUGGAUUGGCUGCGCUGAAAUCACCGUUGGGUGAAGGAAUAAAGAAUCACUACCUUGAUAUGCUGCCGCUGACUAAUGCUAGUGAGAGCUCUAUAGACAGCAUGAAUGAAAUACAGAUGCAUUUGCAGUGUUGUGGACUGGAUAAGGGCUACCUGGAUUGGGGCUACAACAUCCCAGAAUCCUGCGUAUGUGAUGAAGAGUCCACUAAUCCAUGUGUGGCAGGUCCUAAAAACAGCAGUCUGUCUGAGCACAUGGUCGAUGACCAGCCCGUCAUGAUUUAUAAUGAGACAUGCAUUCCAUUCUUGAUUGAGGAUGCGACAAUGAGCGUGCGUAAUGCAUUGGGCUUACUUCUGGGAUUGACAUUAUUCUGGGUAUUGUCAGUGGUGUUGUGCGUCUUUAUCUUAUGUCAGUUGAGAAAGAAGGACGAUGUCCCUGUAGUGGUCUACAGUCCAGAGGCGAAAGCAGGCAACUACACCGUUCUGGCAGAUGCUGCAGAGUACAACUGAUUGGGAUUGGUACAAUACAUAGUGUUUUUAUGAUGUUUGAAUAUAUCAGAAGUUGCCUUCAACAA